CCUAACGCCCGCUACCCUAUCAGGCUGACCUCGCCGAGGUUCUGCAAGUUUCUUGCCCUGAUGGAGCGUGGCCGCCCAGGUCCGCUCCCUACCUCCUUUCCCUCCUCCCCGCACAGUCCUCCUCUAGUCCUCCGGUCACCUGCGCGCCGAAGGCUGCGUCCCGGAGCGCCUUCGCUCUCCCUCCCCUCUGUCCUUCCAAUUUUACUCGAUUGUUUAUUAUUUGCUGGGGGCGGGGGCGAAGGGGAGAGAGAGGGGCGUCUGGAGCCCGGAGACUAGCGGCGGCGGCCAGUCAGCGCUCGGCGUGGCUUGACGAGGAAGCCGCGCAGCGAAUGGCGACGCGGCGCAGGGCUCCGGGGUCACGCGCGUGUAGAGACAAUGACAUCAUCUGUUUGUACCCGUCGAACUAGCUUGGUGCAGGGGCGGGGCCCCACGUCACUUGAGUGACGGGCCGCGCGUAAAGCCUGGAGGCCGGAGUUUCGGGGUGGGCGGCCCCUGCAGGCUCUUCUAGGCUGACUGUUUUGGGGUAUAGGGUUGUCGCGGAGCCCAGACUUUAGCUGCAGUGACUGAGAGGGUUUUGUUUUGAAAGAUACCUAUGAAUCAAAAUGGGGAGAUUUUUGGUUAUGCAUGUCGCAUGUGGCGCAGGAAAGCACACCCGUACGGCCUAGUGGCACGGAUCCUGGGGUAAGGGAAUGUGAAGGCGCCAGUUGAAGUCUAAAGACUUGAAAAAGUCAAGCACGUAGCCGGCUGCUUUAUCCUAAGAAAACUGUUGCCCGCUUCCAGUUAGGUAUCUGCUGCUUCUGCGUUUAGACUGGGGCGCACUGCACUUUUCCUCCUGAGCUACGCUUUUCCGGUUUGCCUUCAAAUCCGUGAAAAAGCGAAGCACGACUGUCGCUGGGCGUCCCAGGUGAGGGUCCAGUCCACACCUUUUGGUGCCUGAUGAAAGGCACCGCUAUCUUCGCCGGCCAGUGUUUCCACGCCAAGGUAACCCCUGUCACCUGCGGCUGGCGUCUUAUCUCGGGUGUUACCUGGUGUCAGGUUCUAAUGAGGAACCCAAUACUGGGGCGGGCUCCGACCCCACGCACCCACGGGCAGGCCGGGGACCCAAGAGGCAAACGCAGGGCCCGAGGCAGAGAGGGCGCGCGGCGGCGCCCAGCGGUGUGCUCCGACUUGGCCUCCCGUCCCGGGCCAGCGUGGGCUGCUGCGAUUCCAGAGUGUGUGACCCGGGCACCGAGGGCUGCCGGAGCCCGGCCGAGUCCCGACCCGCGCGCCCGACCCCCACUCCCGCAGCCCCGCGCAGGCGCGAGUGCGCACACACGCGCACUCCCACACGCACGCACAGCAGCACUCCCGGCCCCCGCCCCAGCCCUCCCCCUGGGCGGGGACCCGCCCCGCCGUCAGCCUAGGUUGAGGCUCCCUGCGAGUGUCUAUAACUUUGUGCUGCUGCCGCGGCCGCCCUGCUCGUGGAAGGGAGGAGGAGGAAUGUGGAAGGCGGCGGCGCAGCACAGGCUGACAGGCGGUUCCUCCGGCGGGCUGCGGCGGCGGCCCGAGCGUCCCCUCGUCGCGGUGCCCUGGGCUCGCGCGGAAUCGUACGCCCUCCCGCCUCGUCCCUGAAGGGAAGGAGCCGAGUCCGAGAGAUUUGGCGCUUCCCGACCUGUUGGAAGAUUUAUGUUCCCACUUGCUUCCUCCUUCCCGUUUCUGACCUGGAAGGGGGCGGAGGGCCCCACGUCCCCGCGAAAAUACACCUCAGAUCUUCUUAGCGGGUCCUGCGGGGUCGGUCCUCUCUCGUUGGAAGUCACCCUGGCAGGUAGCUGGAGCUCGAGCCUUCGCGGCGCCCUGUCCCUCCCCCGCCGCACCCAGCCUGGGCGCGAGAGGAGAGAGCAAGAGCCCAAGCCGCGGGCGGCGGGCAGGCAGCGAAGAUGGCAGAGGCACCAGCCUCCCCGGUCCCGCUCUCUCCGCUCGAAGUGGAGCUGGACCCAGAGUUCGAGCCACAGAGUCGGCCACGCUCCUGUACGUGGCCCCUGCAGAGGCCGGAGCUGCAGGCGAGCCCGGCCAAGCCCUCGGGGGAGACGGCGGCAGACUCCAUGAUCCCCGAGGAGGACGACGAUGAAGACGACGAGGACAGCGGCGGCCGAGGCAGCUCGGCCAUGGUGAUCGGUGGCGGCGUGAGCAGUGCGCUGGGCUCCGGGCUGCUCCUCGAAGAUUCGGCCAGGCUGCUGUCUCCCGGAGGGCAGGACCUCGGGACGGGGCCAGCGUCCUCCGCAGGCGCGCUGAGUGGGGGCACGCAGACGCAGCUGCAGCCUCAGCAGCCACUGCCACCGCCGCAGCCGGGGGCGGCUGGGGGCUCUGGGCAACCGAGGAAAUGCUCCUCGCGGCGGAAUGCCUGGGGGAACCUGUCCUACGCUGACCUGAUCACCCGCGCCAUCGAGAGCUCCCCGGACAAACGGCUCACUUUGUCCCAGAUCUACGAGUGGAUGGUGCGCUGUGUGCCCUACUUCAAGGAUAAGGGCGACAGCAACAGCUCUGCGGGCUGGAAGAACUCCAUCCGCCACAACCUGUCACUGCACAGCCGUUUCAUGCGGGUUCAGAACGAAGGGACUGGCAAGAGCUCUUGGUGGAUCAUCAACCCCGAUGGGGGAAAGAGUGGGAAGGCUCCCCGGCGGCGGGCCGUCUCCAUGGACAACAGCAACAAGUACACCAAGAGCCGAGGCCGGGCAGCCAAGAAGAAGGCGGCCCUGCAGGCUGCCCCAGAGUCGGCAGACGACAGCCCUUCCCAACUCUCCAAGUGGCCGGGCAGCCCCACAUCCCGCAGCAGCGACGAGCUGGACGCCUGGACCGACUUCCGCUCGCGCACCAAUUCCAACGCCAGCACCGUGAGCGGCCGCCUGUCACCCAUCUUGGCGAGCACGGAGCUGGAUGACGUCCAGGACGAUGACGGGCCCCUCUCCCCCAUGCUCUACAGCAGCUCUGCCAGCCUGUCGCCUUCCGUAAGCAAGCCGUGUACCGUGGAGCUGCCGCGGCUGACUGACAUGGCGGGCACCAUGAAUCUGAACGAUGGGCUGGCCGAGAACCUCAUGGAUGACCUGCUAGAUAACAUCGCGCUCCCGCCCUCCCAGGCGUCGCCUCCUGGCGGGCUUAUGCAGCGGAGCUCCAGCUUCCCGUACACCGCCAAGAGCUCCGGCCUGGGCUCCCCAACCAGCUCCUUUAACAGUACCGUGUUCGGACCUGCGUCACUCAACUCCCUGCGCCAGUCGCCCAUGCAGACCAUCCAGGAGAACAGACCAGCCACCUUUUCUUCCGUGUCGCACUACGGCAACCAGACACUCCAAGACCUGCUCACUUCGGACUCGCUCAGCCACAGCGAUGUCAUGAUGACCCAGUCAGACCCCUUGAUGUCUCAGGCUAGCACCGCUGUGUCCGCCCAGAACGCCCGCCGGAACGUGAUGCUUCGCAACGACCCAAUGAUGUCCUUUGCCGCCCAGCCUACCCAGGGGAGUUUGGUCAAUCAGAACUUGCUCCACCACCAGCACCAAACCCAGGGCGCUCUUGGUGGCAGCCGUGCCUUGUCAAAUUCUGUCAGCAACAUGGGCUUGAGUGACUCCAGCAGCCUCGGCUCAGCCAAACACCAGCAGCAGUCUCCCGUCAGCCAGUCUAUGCAAACCCUCUCGGACUCUCUCUCAGGCUCCUCACUGUAUUCAGCCAGUGCAAACCUUCCCGUCAUGGGUCACGACAAGUUCCCCAGUGACUUGGACCUGGACAUGUUCAAUGGGAGCUUGGAGUGUGACAUGGAGUCCAUCAUCCGUAGCGAACUCAUGGAUGCCGAUGGGUUGGAUUUUAACUUUGACUCCCUCAUCUCCACACAGAACGUUGUUGGUUUGAACGUGGGGAACUUCACUGGUGCUAAGCAGGCCUCAUCUCAAAGCUGGGUGCCAGGCUGAAGGAUCACUGAGGAAAGGGGAAAUGGGCAAAGCAGACCCUCAAACUGACCGAAGACCUACAGAGAAAAAAACCCUUUGCCAAAUCUGCUCUCAGCCAGUGGACAGUGAACCCCGUUUACAGCUUGACACCUUUGUGACUCCCACGCCAUCUUCCUAACCCAGCAGAGACUGUUAGCAGCCCUGGCCCUGGGUGAAGCCCUUUCCCGUGGAGCAGAACUCUAUAACGUAUGCAAAUCUAACUCAUCUGCAAGUGACCUGCCAUCGUGGACAGCACCCAUCAGCAUCCCUACUCCAGAGCACACCGGGAGCCCCGGCUGCGGCGAUUCCGUACUGUUUCAGGAUCGUGAUGGUUUAGGGGAUAUUUUAAGUGUCAUUUUGUGUUUGUUUCCUUUGACCCUCUUGAGUUUUUUUACACACAGUAACCUGCAGUAUUUUUCUGUUGAAAACGUUGACUGUCCUUUCCCUAGCACACUUAAAAAGCAGAAGGAAGGUGUUGUGUCAGUUCCCAGUCUGAGCUUUUGAGCCUGUGGAACUCCGCAAACCUAACACAUUACAUAGACUAAAGGGGGACUUCCUUUCUUCUCUUGUUUGGUAGAAAAUUAUCCUUUUCUAAAAACUGAACAACGGCACAACUGUUUGUCCUGCGUGCCCACUCUGCAGCUGCCUGCUCAGCGGGACUCGCGGUCUCCCGUCAUGCUCAGCGUGGGGGCUCAUGAUCUCCCGCCAUGCUCAGCGGUAGGCAGUGUUGCUCUGCUCUUAGGAACUAGGGCCUCUUCAGGAACGCCUCAGCUCAGCCUCUGCUCAUUGCCAAAUGCCACUGGUGGGUUUAGUUUUAAGGGGAAAAGAGAAAAGAAACGUGUGCUUGUUUUGCUUUGUAGAAGACGUGGAGUUACAGGUGAGCUGUUAACCAUGCAGUGAGCAGCGCGGGAGGUCAACAAGCCACGUCUGCACUAGCAGGUCCAACGUCACUGUUUUUGGAACAUGCAUAUCUUUUGAUUCUUUUCAACCUUGCUGUGUGUACGCCGAUCUUCCUAGAAGUGUAUGAGUGACAAGCAAUAGCAUAAAGGUGAUAUAUACAUAUAUAUACAUACACACACACACAUAUAUGUAUAUAUAUGCGCUUAGUUUGUAAUUGUUCAAGUGAUUCAUGGGAAUACAAGAUAAGGCAAUUUAAACUUUUUUUAAAAACUUUUCCUGCUUCUGUGGAUCUUGUUUUUGUUGUUGUUGUUGUUGUUUCCAAAAAGUUAUGGUGCUGUAUAGGUGCUUUCUGUUUAACCUGCAGAGUGUAAGUGCAUCUGUGCAUCUGUUACUCCCUUUGAUGGACAGCGUAGCUGGGAACUCCUUUGGUACAUGCAAAACUGCUAUGACGAUGCUCCGAUUAGCGCGGCAUAUACACACUUCUCCAAAGUGAUAUAUGAAGACUUUCUGAUUUGCAUAAAAAGCACUAGGUAUACAAGUGUAUAAAAUAUAUUUUAUCAUGUACAGUACGAAAAUGGGACUUUGUGCAUGGCAUUAGGAAUGUGGGCUAGUGUUCCAGCACAGGCUUCCCUGCUCAAGUUCCUGCCAUUGCUUGCACCGUGGCCAUGGACACCAACCCAGGGGUGCCACCAAAUCCCCUCCCUGCCCUCCUUGUGCACCUUUGCUUCAUGGGCGCUCUGGGGGUGGUAGCGACGGCCAUCACAGCUCCUAGCACAAUGAGAGUUCCAUUUGGUAUUGUCACAUGCCUCUCCUGCCUCGCUUGGAUCCUCGUGUUUGAGCGAUGGCCCUGUUGAUUUUUCACUCUGCCUUUCAUGGAAUCUAUACGUCGUCGUCGUGCAGUGGUGGUCCUGGUAGCUAGCACAUUGCCUUUUCCAAACUGCUACCUGUUUAAAAUCUUCAGUUUUAAAGUCCAGUUUUGAAGAUGUGUAGUCAUGUGACCUGCUGGUCAGUGAGCCCCAUACUUCCUUAUCCACUCCUUGGUGACGCUAGCCAUGCCCCGAUUCUUCAGUAGUCAGUGUCCAAGAAACCUGUGUCAUUUAGGCAGAGGGCCGGCUCUGGCUUCCCAGAGUGCUGCUUCCUCAGUGGGACAUUAUCGGUGGCAGCUGAAGGAAUGGAGAAAGCUCAGGUACAAGGGAGAACCACACGUGCUUCCAGCAUGAGGGCUCAGAGCAUUCUGAGUUUAUCUGAGUUUAGAGAGACGCAGACCAGGUCACCAGAUAGCGUCUUGGACGUGCAGUUUACAGGCAUCGGGAGUGGAAAGGGUAACCCUCCAGUGUACUCUCCUUUGAAAACUCAGAUUUCCUUCCAGAUGUAACAGUUCAUUUAUUUUCCUUCCCAGUGUUUGUUGGGUUUCAGGCACCAAAUCUCUCAGAAUGUCCUAGAAAUAGAUUAGAAACUGAAGCAGGAACAGGUGAGGACAGAGUAGCCUCAGCAGAUUAGGAAAGCAGAGGCAGAUGUUUUGAUUUACUUUACUUUUAAAUAAUAAUGGAGUCCACACACAGAAUGUGUGGAGAGCUAAGGCCUGGCAGGCCCUGGACAGUCUGGGGUAAAAUACGAAUAGUGAUGCCUGCCGGGGUAUUUGCACACCCACCCUCAGAUUCCCCACCCAGAGAAGCCAAGCCUGAUUCAAUGUCAGACUUGACAGAGGUAUAGCCUGGGCCCUCUGUACCUUCUGUUGGAACCCUGCUUUCAGGGUAGACUGGUCACUGGCCACCAAGUAGCAUUCUCACUAAGUCCCUAACAACAAAGCACUCUCUUGAGACAUCUGAGCAGAUGACCUUGUGGCCCUUCUAGGCUUAGGACCAGCCCAUGGAAUCCUGGUGAGAAGGAAGAUGUUCGAGCCUUCCUGGGGAGCCCUGCACACCUGUGACAGGAACACAGAAGGCAGGAGGCCGUGUCGAAGACUGCAGUUGUCUUGGGCUCCAUGGUUCUCAUCAGGCUCUAGAAAUUGAUACUUUGUACCAAAGAUAGGCCAGCCUGUGGCGAGCCUCUGCCAUCCUAGCGCUAGAACUGACUGGGUUCAGCAUUCCGGCUAACUGUGACUGCAAUAGAGGUGUGUUCGCCAUUGUAUCCUCUGCAACAUAGUGACAGCUGAAGCACACAGAACUGUUUUCCUACGUCUCCUGCCGAUGGAGGAGCGUGCACCGGGUGUAGCACAAAGCGGACAUUGGGGGUUGGUGAUUAGCAUCAGCCCGAGGAGAGGGUACACCCCAUCUCAGGUGUGACUUCAGCCAACUUCUAAACCCAUACACAGGUUAAAGUUCAUAGGGACAGACAGACAACUUUGCCUUUUCUUAAAGCGCUCCAUCCAAUGAAGGAACGAGCAGCAUUUGCAUCCCUUGGGAAAGAACUUCUGGAGUAAGGCAGAGAGAAAACAAACCUUCCAUCGUCGUCCCCCGGACGAAGGGGAACAAAAUGCUACCUAAUCUCUGAGAACAGAGCAAAGGUAAUGGGGGCUGAUUUUUUUUUUCCUUUUUCCUCAUGUAUAUGGGGAACAUCACGAUUAGGCGGAAUAAUGUUCUGUUUUUUUGGGGUUUUUUUUGUUUUUUUUUUAUUAAAAGCAGACCUUUUGUAGGAAAGCAAUCACUGGUAUCGAGAUACAAAGAAGUCAGCUCUGGGAGUGGUAGCAGCAGCAGGAACGGGGCGUGAAGUGAGAGAGAGAGAGAGAGAGAGAGAUCUUGUGGGUUCACGUUGGUCAGACAGGACCUUAGAGCGGAUGCCCAAGCCACUGACAGGAGUAAGUGGUACUGAACUAAAUCUCGUGUGUAGCACGCAGAUCAGAUGGGUGGAAGUUUUUCUCUUGUUGAAUUUCACUCAUCCUUCUUUCACGAAUGAAUGAUUCCGAGGCCUCUGCCACACUCCGGGAAAACUUGUGUGACUGCCUUUUUUUAAAAGUGUGUGUCUGGUCACUUAUUUCUCUAAAACUAUCUCCUUUUCUGGCAAUCAGUCGGCCUUCUCUUGUAUACUUGUCCUAGCACAUUAUGUACGUGGGAAAUGUCAACAGACGUGAAGGAGACCAGAAAAAUUGGUGAAUAUUGAAAAAUGUGCGUUUUGGGCUUCACAUGUUUAACUUUUUUUUUUUUAAAGAAAAAAAGUUGCAUGAAUGAAAUAAACAACAACCUCUGUAUACAGUAUCUGUUAAAAAAAAAAAAAAAAAAAAAGGGCCUGUUUUGAUUUCUUGCUUCUACGCCACACGAACUAGAAUUCAAUGUGCGCGUGGCAAACACUACCAUGCUGCAUUCUGGGUACCGAGGACCUUGUCUAACCGUACGUUGCCAUGAAUUAGCCCUGCCGCCUUUCUUCUCAAGGAUCAAAACCAGUUUGAUUUGGGAAUGCGCCCCUCCCAGUGGAAUUGGAGGUGCGUCCUUCCCGUGUCGUUUGUAGAUAUUGCCUGUGUAUUCCAUUUAAAACCAUAAUCUAGUUUGUAAAAGAGAGGAUGCCGCAUGUAAAUAAAGCUUUGACGACACUC